GAGGUCAGUGGUCAGUCCUUCUAAUAGCAACUGCUGCAGCAAAGGGCCUUUCAGAUAACUAUACCUCCUCCUCUGCCUCUGGACACAGUCUCUGCCUUUCUUCAUAUACAGUACACACCGUGGGACUGGUCAGUGCAGAACAAUCAUGCAGGCUCAGGAGAUCCUGAGACAGCUGCGGAUUAUUCCCGAGCUGGAUGAUCUUCGGCAGUACGUUCGCAGCUUUCCCACCAAUGCGCUCAUGGGCAUGGGCGCCUUCGCUGCCAUCACCACCUACUGGUUCGCCUCCCGGCCAAAAGCCCUCAAAGCGCCCUGUGACCUCGGCCUGCAGUCAGUAGAAAUACCAGAUGGAGAGCUUGCAAGGAGGUCGACGCUAAACGACAGCGAAGAGCUAUUGACUCACUACUACAGCGAUGGACGCACGAUGUAUGAGGUGCUCCAACGAGGAAUCCGAGUAUCAAAUGAUGGACCUUGUCUGGGAUCGAGGAAACCAAACCAGCCGUACGAGUGGCAGUCCUACAGAGAGGUGGCAGAUAGAGCGGAGCACAUCGGCUCUGCACUCGUCCACAGAGGACACGCUCACACAGGAGACAAAUACAUUGGCAUCUUUUCCCAGAACAGACCAGAGUGGACCAUAUCAGAGCUGGCCUGUUACACAUACUCCUUGGUGGCUGUUCCAUUAUAUGACACACUUGGCACAGAGGCCAUCGGUUACGUUAUUGACAAAGCUGCCAUCUCCACGGUGAUCUGUGACAUACCCGAAAAGGCUCGGAUGAUUCUGGACUGUGUCAGCGGAAAAGGGCGAACGAUAAAGACGAUUGUGCUCAUAGAAGCGUUUGACGAUGAACUGGCGGCCCGAGCAAAGGAGUGCGGCGUUGAGAUUCUGAGUUUGAAGGAGUUUGAGGCCUUGGGUAAAGCCAACCUCAAGAAACCAGUGCCCCCUAAACCAGAGGACCUCGCACUGAUCUGCUUUACAUCUGGAACCACAGGAGACCCAAAAGGUGCCAUGUUAACUCACGGAAAUGUAAUCUCCAACACUGCAGCGUUCAUUAAAAUAACAGAGAUAAACUGCAUGCUGAGCCUCCAUGACAUUCAUAUAUCCUAUCUCCCACUAGCUCACAUGUUCGAGAGGGUUGUACAGUGUGUCGUCCUCACGCACGGAGCUCGAAUCGGUUAUUUCCAAGGCGACAUUCGACUUUUGAUGGAUGAUUUGAAAACGCUGCGGCCAACAAUCUUCCCCGUGGUCCCACGUCUCCUCAACCGCAUGUUCGAUAAGGUAUUUAGUCAAGCCAACACGCCGCUGAAGAAAUGGCUGCUCGAUUUUGCUUUCAGGAGGAAGGAGGCCGAUCUUAAAAGUGGUGUAGUCAGAAGAGACAGCAUGUGGGACAAACUCAUCUUCAGAAAAGUACAGGCGAGUCUGGGCGGUCGUGUCAGACUUAUGAUCACAGGAGCAGCUCCGGUGUCUCCAACCAUCCUGACCUUCCUACGAGCCGCACUCGGCUGUCAGUUUUAUGAAGGGUACGGUCAGACUGAAUGUACAGCUGGGUGCACCAUGUCCUUGCCCGGUGACUGGACAGCAGGUCACGUCGGACCUCCUCUGCCCUGCAACGCUGUCAAACUGGCGGAUGUGCCAGAAAUGAACUACCUGGCUGCCAAUGGAGAGGGAGAGGUGUGUGUCAAAGGACCAAACGUUUUCCUGGGAUACCUGAAAGAUCCUGAAAAAACGGCAGAGGCCAUCGACCAGGAUGGAUGGUUGCACACAGGAGACAUUGGGAAAUGGCUCCCUAACGGCACCCUAAAGAUCACCGACAGAAAGAAGCACAUUUUCAAGCUGGCACAAGGAGAAUACAUCGCCCCCGAGAAAAUAGAAACCGUAUAUAAUCUCAGUGAUCCAGUGGCCCAGAUAUUUGUUCACGGUGACAGCUUACAGGCAUGCCUGGUCGGGAUAGUCGUACCCGAUCCGGACUUUUUACCUAUUUGGAUCAAGAAAAAAGGGAUUGAAGGAUCGUACUCUGAACUGUGCAAAAGCAAGGAGGUGAAAGACACUAUUCUGCAGGACCUACUGAGGUUGGGCAAAGAAGCAGGACUCAAGUCUUUUGAGCAGGUGAGAGACAUCACAUUACAUCCGGAGAUGUUCUCUGUCCAGAACGGCCUGCUGACGCCCACCCUGAAGGCCAAGAGGGCCGAGCUCCGGCAACGCUUCAGAGAGCACAUCGAUGAACUGUAUGCCAAAAUUAAGAUGUAAACUGGGAUCGAGGAGUACUGUAGGGAAGGUGACAAUCAUUAGAGCACACAGCCAGAACCAAAUAAAUAACCGAGGGGGGAUUUCAGUUGAUUUUUUUUCCACGAGUGACAGUUUUAACAAUUUCUGGGGAUUCAAACAAACUGAAUAAUGAAUCAGUUUGAAAUAUGUAUUGUCUCCUAUCUAAUUACACAAGGGCUGUACCUCAUUUUGUCAGUUUAAAUUGGAUUUUGACCGUUCAAUAAGAUUUGAUUUAUUCUUUUCUUUCUUCAGUUCAGUGCCACACCAAACCAAGUGUUACGUCUUAGCCUACCUCAUGUUUUAAUGCCUAUCUGUCAUCUAUGAUCAGAUUUCAGAGAAAGUAAAAAAAAAAAAAAGAGUGUGUCCUGCUCAUAGUUCAGGUAUAAAAUCCCAGAGCACCACAGAGCGAGUCUACUGCUAGGCUGCUGGCAACGAUGUCAGCCGAAGAGUGAAUCGCAGUGGAGGUGUUUGUACUAAUGUCUAAUCUGGUUUAGACAAUUUAGCAAUCACUGGAGCGUCACACUGUCCAUUUCUAUCGGCCUUCUACACUUUAAUAAACACUUUAGCCUGCCAUGCUGUUCCUCCUGCACUGCUUUGUAUACAAUGACACCGCUAAAGAUUCUGACUGACAAAAUGAGUCGACUUUGAAUUUUCUGAUGAGGAUCAUUUUUGUGGAGAAGCCUUAAAAGCCAUCGCUGAAUAAUCCAUGAGUAAAAGCGGUAACACACAAAGGAGAAGUGUGACUUGCUCAUGCCUUAAGUGACAUUUAGUCCGUUUACUUCAUGUCCAGAUACACCUAAAUAAACAUUUCUCUUUUUUUAUUCUUGGGAGCCACAGAAAAAAGAAAUCAACUUGCUUUUACGGCAGUGACAUAUUAAAUAUUUAUAUACCGGGCUAUUUAAUGCUUGGCGAUCUAUUUAAGUUGAUAUUUAAUGUAAUCAUUAAACCUGUAAAUAGUGCUGAAAAGUGUAUUUGUAUGCAGACUAUCGUGCCUGAUACUCUGUAGUUGUAAUUCCCUGCAUUCCCAUGUUUAUCAAUGCUGCAGGCUAAAGGACUGAUAAACCUGUUUUAGUGCACAAUUUAAGUUGUUAGCCUAUUUGGGAAUCUUGUUGCUUGACAGACUUUCUGUGCCUUUUUAAAACACUGCAUGUAAAUUAUUUCACGUUACUAUUGGAUUUUCAAAUUUCGGCGUCGCAGGAUGAAGCUGCAUGUCGUCAUUAACGCGCACGACUUCAGGGUAAACGUUUGGAGCACUGGCAUCACGGAUCAUUUAGGGAAGCCGGUUUUUCUAAAUUAAUUCCAAUUAAUUAAUUUCAGCAUUUCACAUUUACUUUUCAGUGAAACCACAGAAGCAUUUCAGCUGUUUGACACAAAGUAUGAUUUUAAUGAUGAUUUGACUGAAUUAUGAUCAUUACUUGCAUCUAAUCAUGUCUAGGCUUCCUUGACAGCUUUAAGCCAUGUUCUUUUUUCUUUUUAAUAUUGUAAUGAUGUGCAGUUUUGUGCUGUAGCAAGUACAGUAGCUUUAUUUGUUAACUGUACCAAAUAAAUACUUUUCUCCAAAA